AUGUACCAUACACUAAUAUUCGGACUUCUCGCUUCCGGUGCAAACGGAAUACCAGUCUCAAAGAAUGAAAAAUCAGCAGACGUCACCAUUGUAGGGACACAGACGGACAUAUUCCCUUUUUUUGGUGGUUCUGCUCCUUAUAAUACCUUUUCUAUGGACACAGAAAUCUCGGUAGAAGUCCCAGACAAAUGCACUAUGAAGCACAUCCAAUUGUUUGCAAGACACGGAGAGAGAUAUCCGACAAAGAACAGGGGGCAGCAAAUUAAGAGCACCUAUCAAAAAGUAAAGAGUGCUAACCUUAACUUCACAGGCUCUCUGUAUUUCAUAAAUGACAAGUACGAAUUCUUUUUGAACGAUCCAACCUAAUAUGAGGAACUGACUACUUUCAAAAAUAUCAUUGACCCCAUCAAUCCGUACUCGGGUCAACAAGAUGCUCAAAAACAUGCUCGUGACUUCUUGUAUCAUUACGGAGAGCUGCUGGAGACUACAACUACUCUUCCAAUCUCCACUUCAAACUCCAAGAGGGUCCACGACACUGCCAUGUACUAUGGCCAAGCCCUAUGAAAGAAGCUGAUCGUCAGUUUACAGAUCAUCUCCGAAGAUGCAAGUUCUGGUGCCAAUACCUUGACUCCUUACAACUUAUGUAAAAGCUGCAACGAAUCGGAACACGCUGCGAUAUAUUCAAAAUUUCCUAAAGACUACCUAGUUGAAAUCAGUAAACGGUUGGCUUUGGAAAAUGCAGGACUGAAUUAUACCACCAGUGAUAUCACUAACCUGUUCAACUGGUGUGCUUAUGAGAUAGAUGUUCGUGGUUAAAGUCAGAUGUGCGAGAUUUUCACCAGAGAAGAGCUUGUGCAUUACUCCUAUAACCUGGACCUCAACAGCUACUACGGGGAAGGUGCUGGAAACUCCUUAAGUGCAGAUGUCGGAUCAGUUCCAUUUAAUUCGUCUAUCGAGCUCCUGAUGCAAAGUCUGGUUGAGUUUUACCCAUGACACAAACAUUAUCAACUACCUCACGGCAAUUGAGAUUUUUGACGAUGGAGAAAAAUCACCGGGCGAUCAUGGAUGGUCCCUCUGGGGGCGAGAGUUUACACACAGCUGUACUAAUGUGGAAACGAGUCCUAUGUUAGGUAUGCUGUUAACAAUGCCGUGGUUCCUCUGGAAAAAUGCUCUAGUGGGCCUGGGUUAUGGUUAUCUUGCGAGCUGUCUAAUUUCCUAAAUUAUGCUGAAAAACAGUUGAAGAAAACCAAUUUUCUUGACGAUUGUAAGGUGAAGCAGUCAAACAAUCAGACUGAGUUGACCUUCUACUGGGAUUACAUGAACAAAGAGUAUAAUGCGACUCUUUUUCUCUCUGAGCCUAAUUAA